CAGGUGCCCACACACGAUCGCGAGGGCACUCGGCACCAAUAUUUUGCCGAUGAUAGCAUGGGUCAGAAUGUACAGGACCUCUUGCAACGCGAACGCCUAGGCCUGGACGAUGACCAAGAUGCCGCUGCCAUGCGCACCAUUGGAACACACGGUCGCGGUCUGGACAGCGAGGACUACACCGUUGAUGAUGCAUUUGUGGACCAGGCUGCCAAGGGGCAAAGCCGUGAGCGGCGUGAGCAGAAGGACCGUCAGCGCGCCGUUCGAGACUAUCACCGACAGCAAAAAACGCUCGAGUCUUGUCAUUACUGCCUGGACGCGCCUCGCUUCCGCAAGAAUCUUGUGGCUCACAUGGGCACCAAAAUGAUCUUGAUGGUCCCGGAAAGAGGGGCGCUCGUUUCUACCCACUGUGUCUUGGUUCCGAUCCGACACGUUACUGGUCUGACUGAGCUUGAAGAGGAUGAGCGUGAAGAGUUACGAGCCCUGCAACGGCGAGUGGUGGCCAUGUUUGCCCCGGAAAAGAAAGAUGUGGUCUUCUUCGAGUGCUCCAUGCGUCUACACAAACAGCGGCAUACUGUCUUGCAUUGUGUUCCACUUUCUUUUGACGAUGCGACCAUGGCGCCCAUGUUCUUCAAGAAAGCCAUCUUGGAGAGCGACGCUCAAUGGUCGCAGAACAAGAAGCUGGUAGAUGUGCGGGAGGGCGGAAUUUAUCGUGCCGUUCCCAAAGGAUUUCCCUACUUUUACGUAGCUUUUAGUCCUGAUCGUGGCUUUGCACACGUCGUGGAGGACGAGGAGCUGUUCCCAGAGUACUUUGGCGCCGAAAUUAUUGGUGGCAUGCUCGAUGUGGCACCACGAACGUGGCUCAAGCCACACCGCGAA